UCCAGUUGUCUGAUCUCAGGCCCUUGUUCCCGCACUGCCUGCUGGAAAACUGUGUGUCUUGGUUUUUCGGUGGCAGGUGAUAAUGCCAUCAGACAGCACUUUCCUGUCCUCUCGGAGGCAGCAGCACUUAGGGGUUUUCCCUGGCCGUGCUCACUCUCCAGAUGGGCGGGAGGAGCCAGUGUCCUCCACGGGUCGGAGCGCCUCACCACAGCGGCCUGCUCCCAGCUCCAUGGGGACUUGCAGGCCAUUUACUGAGCUGAUUUUCCUUAUAACCUCCCAUAUGCACGUCUUCAUUUCCAGUUCUUCCAUGCUACUGACUCUGUGACGAGUCUCUAUAUUGUACUCUUACAACACCGAAGAACGGCGAGGACUCCCAGCCUCUCCUCUGCCUCACUGCCCACCCUGGCAGUUGCUGUCCUCGCUGGGCAGGACGCAGUUCAGCGAGGUGCGCUGGGACAGCCAGAGACAAGGGCAAAAUCAACGCAGCCCCGAGCAACCCCGCGCCGGCCUGAAGCCGGAACCCGUGAAGUAGGUGGGGGGCUUGGGCCGGGCCCAUGCCGAGGGCUGCGGCCUCGGGGCGCCUCGGCGAGUGCGUAGGCUGAGACCUCCGCCUGCCCGCUCGCGGAGAGGCCCCGUCCCGACGGGGCUCCCUCAGGGCCGGUGCCUCCGCGGCGCUAGAUCCUGCCUCGCGCCGGUACCACGGAGCUUGGCUGCGCCGGCGCCAGAGCGGCACCGGAAGCGGUUGCCGGAAGCGGCCGUGGCGUCCCGCGGGGCGAUGGCGGCAGGCGGCCCCUGAGGCGCCGCCAUGUACUCUGGUGCCGCUGCGGGACCGCCGCGCCGGGACUUCAUCUCCGUCACUCUCGGCCCGGAGGAGGCGAUCGGGGUCGGUGGCUACAACAACAGCAAGGCUCGGCGGCGGCGCUCCUGCUGGAGGAAAUGGAAGCAGCUGUCCCGACUCCAGCGGAGUGUCAUUCUCUUCCUGCUUGCGUUCUUGGCAGUGUGUGGAGUAAUUUCAUACACAAGCAUGGGGGAAGCAUGGAAAAGUAUAACAAACAAAUCAUUGGAUGAUCAGAGAACAGAACAAGAAAUUCCUAGAUUAAAGCUAGCAAAUCCAGCUGUUCUACCAGCACCCCAGAAAGCAGAUGGCAACCAUGGAGACUAUCCUGAGCUUUCACUGCAGAAGCCACCAAAACUGCCUCAUGUUCGUCGUGGUCCUUCCAAUCUUCAGAUCAAGGCACCACAGAGAGACACAAGGCUGAAGACCCGACAUGAUACCAUGAGGGCUGCAGAAGAGCUGGUCAAAGUGGAUAAAGUAGAGAGAACAGAGAAAUCCAUUAUCAGCUGGAGAGGAGCAGUGAUAGAACCUGACCAAAGCACUGAACCUCCAUCCAGUAAAAUAAUGGAACCAGAAAAACCUUCAUCUGUGGAAGCUGAAGACCAGAAAGAACCAGUGCCCAUCAAUGAACGCCAGCUGGCUGUGAUUGAAGCCUUCCGCCAUGCCUGGAAAGGGUACAAGGAUUUUGCCUGGGGCCAUGAUGAGCUGAAGCCUUUGUCCAAGUCCUACAGCGAGUGGUUUGGACUUGGGCUUACCUUAAUUGAUGCCUUGGAUACCAUGUGGAUUUUAGGCUUAAAAGAAGAGUUUGAAGAAGCAAGAAAAUGGGUAGCAAAUGAUUUAGUAUUUGAUAAAAAUGUGGAUGUGAACCUAUUUGAGAGCACUAUCCGUAUCCUGGGUGGCUUGCUGAGCACCUACCACCUCUCCGGAGAUAGCCUUUUCCUGGAAAAAGCUAAAGACAUUGGAAAUAGGCUUAUGCCAGCAUUCAAGACCCCCUCCAAGAUACCAUAUUCUGAUGUCAACAUUGGUCGGGGCACUGCACAUCCCCCUCGCUGGACAUCUGAUAGCACUGUGGCAGAGGUGACCAGCAUUCAGUUGGAGUUCAGGGAGCUGUCUCGUCUGACUGGAGAUGAGAAAUUCCAGAAAGCUGUAGAUGAGGUGAUGAAACAUGUUCACACCCUCUCAGGGAAAAACGAUGGCCUCGUCCCUAUGUUCAUAAACACCAACAGCGGGCAGUUCACCCACCUGGGGGUCUACACUCUGGGAGCCAGAGCUGACAGCUACUAUGAGUAUCUUCUCAAGCAGUGGAUUCAGGGUGGAAAGAAAGAAAAUGAGCUGUUGGAAGACUAUAUGAGAGCCAUAGAAGGAGUGAAAAAGCAUCUUCUUCAGAGAUCAGAACCCAAGAAGCUUACUUUUGUAGGAGAGCUUGCUCAUGGCCAUUUCAGUGCCAAGAUGGAUCACUUAGUUUGCUUCUUGCCGGGUACUUUAGCAUUGGGAGCUCACAAUGGACUGGCUGCUGAUCAUAUGAAAUUGGCUGAAACUCUUAUAGAAACCUGCUACCAGAUGUAUGCUCAAGUAGAGACAGGCCUGAGCCCAGAGAUUGUACACUUCAACCUCCAUGCACAGAAGGGCCACAAGGAUGUGGAAAUCAAGCCUGCAGACAGGCACAACUUAUUGCGACCAGAAACCGUGGAAAGCCUUUUUUAUAUGUACAGAUUCACUGGUGAUAAGAAAUACCAAGACUGGGGCUGGGAAAUCUUGCAGAAUUUCAACAGAUACACCCGGGUUCCUACAGGUGGUUAUACUUCCAUUAACAACGUUCAGAAUCCAAGUAAUCCAGAACCCCGGGAUAAAAUGGAGAGCUUCUUCCUUGGGGAAACACUCAAAUACAUGUUUCUGCUGUUUUCAGAUGACAUAGACUUAAUCAACCUUGACAAAUAUAUCUUUAACACGGAGGCUCAUCCACUCCCUAUCUGGGUGUCAGCAUAGACUCUGCAUCAGUGGAUCUUCCAGUUGGUGGCAUUUUUAUCUUCAAGUCACUUUACGUUUCAGGGUUUGAGGAGAGAUGCUAUAAUGCACCUUUUUUGACUUCAAACAACAAACAAAAGCUUAGGAAAAGCAUCUCAGUUUGAAGAAAUCAUGUCAGUCUUAAAUCUAAUCCCUGGUUCUGGGAUGGACAAAGCUGUGCCACGUGAAGUUGGUUUCUCUGGUACUGAUGAUGAGGUUCAGAAGGUAAUUGUAGCGUGGACCAUGACAUUCCUGGGGCUCUGGUGACCCAGAACUCACUUAUGUCAGUGUUACUAAAUACACAUUUAAUACUGGAAAUGUAGCGAGUUGGCUUAGGGCACAGCAUUGUUCCUGGAGAGCAGGAAUAAGCCUACGGUUUUCUGGUUUAUUCUGGAUUCACUGAAAUACUGAAUUACAGAGCCAUUCCUUUGUCAGACUGUGACAGUGGUUCAUGUGGAAAGUGGAAUAAACAAAGAGCUGUAGUGCUGUCCCAGGGAGAAGCUGUCAGUAUUGCUGCUGGUACUCUGAUCUCAUUUUGAACUCCCAAGCUAUGCUGCAUCACCUUAGAAAGAGGAGGCAGCAGGGCAUCUGUUAUAUAGUGUCUUAGUUUUGUAGAGCACUUUGAACAGUCUGUUCAAGCUGUGGCUGAAAUGAAUGGUGAAAGAGAAUUUGCUGCUGGUUUGGCUCAAAGUGGUAUAUAAUUUUGUAGAGUUAUUGCAGUUUUUUAACUUCCCUGCAGGAAUGCAGGAAAUAAUGUGAAAUGCGAGUAAAACUACAUGUGCAUUUUA